AUGAGAGGGCCCCUCAGCUAUAGAGACAUCAGGACAGUAGACAAUGUCAUCCAACCAACAUUUAGGGCGACGUGCUACGCACUGGGGUUGCUUCAAGAUGAUCAAGAGUACACCGACGCGGUAAAAGAGGCGGCCUUUUGGGCUACAAGUCAAUACCUUAGGAGAUUCUUCGUCAACAUGCUCUUAUGCCAUUGUUUGUCUAACCCCAUUUUAGUCUGGGAGCAAACAAAGCAUCUCAUAUGUGAAGACCUUCUAUACAUACCACGGCACGACCCAUGGCAUCAAGAAAUAUCAAUAACCGACUCGGAUAGGGAGGACGCUAGACUGAUUGAGAUUCAGAGGCUGCUCCUCAAGAACGGCAGGUCACUAGAUGACUACCCAUCACUGCCAAAACCAAGCUCCACUGAAUUCUUGGACACAAUAAACAACUUGCUACUCCUAGAACUUAGCUAUGACAAAGAUGCUUGUGCCGCGGACACCGCAAGGUUGGUAGCCUCACUAACAGAUGAGCAAACAAAGAUAUUCCACGAAGUCCUUAAUGUGGUCAGCGGGACAACAGGUGGGUUCUACUUCGUCUACGGUUACGGGGGCACUGGCAAGACCUUUCUUUGGAACGCCCUAACCGCAGUCGAACGAGCAAAUGGAGAUGUGGUCAUCAACGUCGCAUCGAGUGGAAUAGCAGUAACUCUACUACCAUCAGGAAGGACUGCUCAUUCAAGAUUCGCAAUCCCCAUUGACAUAAAUGAAGACUCCACAUGUAACAUUAGCCACGGUUCCCCUGUGUCUCACUUACUGCGGUCUGCAAAAUUAAUCAUCUACGAUGAGGCACCAAUGAUAAAAUGGCACUGUGUGGAGGCUGUCGAUCGAACAUUAAAGGAUAUAAUGAGGUGCGACCUCCCAUUCAGUGGAAAGUGUGUCGUCAUAGGGGGCGAUUUUAGGCAGAUAUUGCCUGUCAUACCGAAGGGAUUCUGUGCAGACAUUAUAGAUGCCGCUAUAAACUCAUCCGUUCUUUGGUCGGCGUGCAAGCUAUUCCAGCUCACUAAAAACAUACCCCUGCAGACGGCAUCAAAGGCAAUAGACCAAAAAAAGAUCAGUAAAUUUUCCAAAUGGCUGCUUGACAUUGGUGACGGUAUAAUUGGACUACCCCAUGAGGGCACGACAGACAUUGAGAUCCUGGUCGAUUUCCUCAUCACCGACUCCCUCAACCCUAUCCACUCUAUAGUCUCAUCCACAUAUCUUGCACUCCACCAGAACAUCACGUAUCCAAACUACCUCACAGAAAGGGCGAUUUUAGCCCCCACGACCGAUGUCAUCGACCAGAUAAACGAUUACAUGCUGUCACUCCUCCCUAGAGACUCUAUUUAG